AACCAGUUAACGAGAGUUGCUCCGCUACUCUCGCGAUCCUUCCCCAGAGGUCUCGGAGCAGUAUGGCAGCCGUGGCGCUGAGGUCCUGCCGCAGAGGACUUUCGCAAAUAUUAAGUAAUGGAGGCCCUGUAGCCUUGUCUUCAAAGCUGUUGGAAGGUGAUAGAAGACACAAAUCCACAGUCCAGUAUGCUUCACGACCAGACCUCCCUAAACUGGCCUACAGAAGAGUGAAAGGGAAGAGCCCAGGAGUGGUGUUCCUCCCGGGGUACGGCUCCAGCAUGAACGGGCAGAAAGCCGAGGCACUGGAAGAGUUUUGUAGGUCACUAGGGCACUCAUACCUCAGGUUUGACUACACAGGACAUGGGGCCUCAGAGGGGGUGCUAGCAGAAGGAACAAUUGGCACUUGGAAAAAAGACGUCCUUUUCGUGUUGGAUGAGUUAGUAGAGGGUCCACAGAUAAUGGUAGGUUCCAGUAUAGGUGGUUGGCUCAUGCUGCUUGCAGCCAUCGCAAGACCAGAGAAGACGGCUGCACUGGUGGGCAUCGCCACGGCUGCUGAUCACAUUGUUACAUCAUUCAACUCUCUUCCACUGGAGACGCGCAAGGAGCAUGAGGAAAAGGGCGAGUGGACGGUGCCCACCAAACACUCCGAGGAGGGUUUCUACAAGUUUAGCAUCAACUUUCUUCGCGAGGCAGAAAAUCACUGUGUUCUCCACAGUCCCAUUCCCAUCACCUGCCCCGUGCGGCUCAUACACGGGCUGAAAGACGAGGACGUCCCCUGGCACAUCUCCAUGCAGGUCGCGGAACGCGUCCUCAGCCCCGAUGUGGACGUCAUCCUCCGGAGACACGGCCACCACCGCAUGUCUGACAAGGACGACAUCAAGCUCAUGGUCUACACCAUCGAUGAUCUCAUAGACAAGUUGACCACUUUGGCCUGAGCAUGCAGCGGGGGAGUGAGCUUGAGCGGUUGAAUAAAGAGAAUGACUGUUUAUUGGGAAGUCUGCCCUCAAGGAAGUUACCAAACAACGGCAUGUUUCUGCCAAAUAUGACCUUUUAGCAAUCUCUGUUCUUCCCUGUACUUCAUCUUUUUAUUUUAAUAUGCCGUUACAGUGCAAACUAUAAUGAGAGGGAGCUCUCCUGCUAUUUGCUCCCUUAUAUCUUCAGGUCGCAUUCGUAUGUGUUCCAGGUUGUUGUAUUGAGUGAAAUGUUGGUCUGCCAUUAGUAGGUUAUGCCAUUGCUGCUGUCCCUGCUGUCGUUCUUAAGGUUUGGCUGUUUCCCCUCAUUCUUUAUGUAGAUCCACAGUUUUCCUGUGCCUUUUUAAUCACUUUUCAUCAAUUUUGGCCAAUAAAACCUCUGCACAAUA